CUGCUGUCCCUAACCACACUCAUGCCUCAUGGUCAGAAGAGUAAGCUCCGUGCCCGGGAGAGAAGCCGACAGGCCCGAGGUGAGAGCCAGGGUCUUGGGGCAGCUCAGGCCACUGCAGCAGUGGAAGAAGAGGUCCCCUCUUCCCCCUUGCUUGUCUGUCAGGGUGCGCCCCUGAGCUCCCCUGCAAUAGGCCCUCCCCAAAAGUCUCAGAGGGCCUGAUCCACCAGCAGUCCUGAUGCAACCAUUUCAGGCUGAAGUUCUGAUGAAGGUGCCAAGAGCCAAGGGAAGGAAAGCCCAAGUCCCUGCCAGGCCCUGCCUUCCCCUGAGAGCUCUCACACAGAUCCUCUGACCAGGAAGGCGGGCAUGUUGGUGCAUUUUCUGCUGUACAAGUAUAAAAUGAAGGAGCCCAUUACCGAGGCAGAAAUACUGAAGGGUAUCAACAAAAAGUACAAGGAGCAAUUCCCUGAGAUCCUCAAGAGAACCACUGAGCGCUUGGAGCUGGUCUUUGGCCUUGAGCUGAAGGAAGUUGACCCCAGCAGUCACUCUUACGCCUUUGUUAGCAAAGUGGGCCUUCCCACCGAAGGGCGUCUGAGCGACGGCGUGGGAUUCCCCAAGAACGGGCUCCUGAUGCCUCUCCUGGGUGUGAUCUUCAUGAAUGGCAACGGGGCCACUGAGGAGGAGACGUGGGAAUUCCUGAAUGUGUUGGGGGUCUAUGCUGGGAGGAGGCAUCUCAUCUUUGGGGAGCCCAGGAAGCUCAUCACCAAAGAUUUGGUGCAGGAAGAGCACCUGGAGUACCGCCAGGUGGCCGACAGUGAUGCUCCUUGCUACGAGUUCCUGUGGGGCCCAAGAGGCCACGCUGAAACCAGCAAGAUGAAAGUCCUGGAGUUUUUGGCCAAAGUCAGCAAUACUGUGUACCCCAGUGCCUUCCAGGGCUGGUAUGAAGAGGCUUUGAGAGAUGAGAAAGAGCGAGCCCAGGCCAGAGUUGCAACCCAGGCUGCCACUGGUGCCCCGGCCAGUGCCUGCUCCAAAGCCACGUCCAGCAGCCCCCCUCAGCCCUAG